ACCAUUAUGAUGGUAACCCAAAAAAAAUCAAUGAAAAUCAUUUUAAAAAAUGUAAUUAAUUUUUAAUUACUUUAUAUAAAAUUUAAAGAAUUUUUUUAAUAAAGUGUAUGGAAGUCAAACUCCAUGACUUUCCAACUAACUAACUAAGCAGCAAUGUAAGACAUUUUCUUCUUAUUCCCCGCGUUCUGACUUUUGAAAUCAAACGUCUCAUUCAAUUACUCAAACGCUUUUAACAAACAAUUCCAUUCACAAAUUCAUCAAUGGCGAAUCACGAUGAUUUCACACACGACGUUUUUCUCAGUUUCAGAGGCGGAACACGCUACUCCUUCACCGAUCAUCUCUACCAUUCACUUCUCGGUCGCGGAAUCAAUGUUUUCAGAGACGAUCAAAAUAUCAAGAUCGGCGAUGAAAUCGGUCCUUCACUUCUACAUGCAAUCGAAGCUUCUAGAAUCUCAAUCGUUGUUCUCUGUAAAGACUAUGCUUCUUCCAGUUGGUGCCUUGAUGAACUUGUUAAGAUUGUUGACUGUUACGAAAAUAAUGGAAAAUCUGUUUUUGUUAUAUUUUAUAAGGUUGAACCUUCUGAUGUUAGGCAUCAGAGAAAUAGUUAUGAAAUUGCUAUGAUUGAACAUCAGAGAAGAUUUGGAAGUGAAUCUGAGAAAGUGAAAGCAUGGAGGUCAGCUUUGAAUAGAGUUUGUGCUCUUAGUGGACUUCAUUGCAAGGACGAUAUCUAUGAAUCUAAGUUUAUUGAGAAGAUUGUCAAAGACAUCUCAGCUAAACUACCUCCCAUGCCUUUACAAAUCAAACACCUAGUCGGAAUCAAUUCUCGUUUCGAACAAGUGAAAUCUCUUAUGGAUACUGAUUCUGAUGACGCAGUUUGCAUGUUGGGAAUUUAUGGAGCUGGCGGAAUAGGCAAAACAACAUUGGCCUUGGACAUAUAUAACAAGAUCAGACGUCAAUUUGUAGCUGCAAGUUUUCUUGCUAAUGUUAGAGAAAAAUCCAAAGAGAGCACAAGGGGCCUAGAGGAUCUCCAAAAAACACUUCUGUAUGAGACGGGUGACAAAACGCAGACUAUGUUAGGAAGCACAUUUACAGGAAGCUCUGAAAUAAAAGGCAGGCUUGCCAAAAAAAGAGUUCUUCUCAUACUCGAUGAUGUUGAUUCGGUAGAACAAUUGAAAUCACUAGCUGGAGGACAUGAUUGGUUUGGUCCAGGUAGUAGAAUCAUUGUAACAACAAGAGAUAUAGAUGUUCUACAGAAGCAUGAUGUUAAAAUUAAAACAUAUAAACUCGAAGAGCUAAAUCAUCAUGAAUCCAUUGAACUCUUUUGUUGGCAUGCCUUUAAUAUGAGCAGACCAAUAGAUAACUUUGCAAAUAUAUCUUCUCAUGCAAUAAGUUAUGCAAAGGGUAUUCCAUUGGCUUUAAGAGUGAUAGGAUCCAAUUUAAGAGGUAAGAGCAUAGAGGAAUGUGAUGUUGAAAUUCAAAGAUAUAGAAUGAUUCCAGAUGCCGAGAUUCAAGGUGUACUUGAAAUAAGCUACAAAUGUCUAUCUGACUUGGAACAAAAGGUUUUUCUAGACAUUGCUUGUUUUUUCAAAGGGGAAAGAUGGGAGUAUGUUAAAAGGAUACUAGAUGCUUGUGGUUUCAACCCAGAUAUACGAGUAUUUGUUAACAAAUGUCUCAUAACUGUUGAUGAAAAUGGUUGUUUAGAAAUGCAUGAUCUAAUACAAGACAUGGGUAGAGAGAUUGUUCGGAAGGAAUCAGCAUCAAACCCUGGAGAACGCAGUAGAUUAUGGUCUCAUAAUGAUGUUCUGGAUGUACUGAAAGGAAACUGGGGGAGUAGUGCAGUUGAAGGCAUAAUGCUUCAUCCCCCAAAACAAGAAAAAGUAGAUCAUUGGGAUUAUACUUGCUUUGAGAAGAUGAAAAACCUCAGAAUUUUGAUUGUUAGGAAUACAUUAUUUUCAUUAGGACCUAGUUGUUUGCCGAAUACCUUACGGCUACUUGAUUGGAAGUGUUACCCGUCAAAGGAUUUUCCUCCAAAUUUUUAUCCAUACAGAAUUGUUGACUUCAAAUUACCUCAUAGCUCUAUGAUAUUGAAAAAGCCCUUUCAGAUUUUUAAGGAUUUAACAUUCAUCAAUCUCUCCCAUAGUCAAUCCAUAACUCAAAUUCCUGAUCUUUCUGGAGCUACAAGCUUAAGAGUGUUUACAGUUGAUAAAUGCCAUAGAUUGAUAAAAUUUGAUAUAUCCAUUGGAUUUAUGCCUAAUCUGGUGUAUUUAAGUGCUUAUGGGUGCACUGAGCUCAAAAGUUUUGUGCCAAAAAUGUAUUUGCCCUCCCUUCAAGUGCUUUCAUUUAAUUUCUGCAAAAAGCUUGAACACUUCCCACAUGUAAUGCAAAAGAUGGAUAUGCCAUUAAAGAUGCACAUGAUAAGCACUGCCAUUAAGCAGUUUCCAAAGUCCAUUGAUAACCUUACAGGGCUUGAGUAUAUAGACAUGUCAUUUUGCAAAGCACUCAUAGAUCUAUCAAGUAGCUUCUUAUCGCUUCCAAAACUGAUGACUUUGAAGAUUGAUGGCUGCUCUCAACUUGGAGAGUCGUUUCAACAGUUCAAAGAUCGUCAUUCAGUGACAAAUGUCUAUCCAAAUUUAGAAACUCUUCAUACUAGCGAGAAUAAUUUAUCAUAUGAAGAUGUUAAUGCCAUUAUAGAAAAUUUUCCAAAUUUGGAAGACUUGAAAGUAUCCCACAAUGGGUUCGUAGCCCUCCCAAAAUGCAUUAGAGGAUCUUUUCACUUGAAAAGUCUUGAUUGAGCUUUUGUGAGCUUUUGCAGGAAUCUUACAGAAGUUCCAGAACUUCCAUUAAGUAUUCAGAAAAUAGAUGCAAGACACUGUCAAUCCUUAACUUCAGAGGCAUCAAGUUUGCUCUGGUCUAAGGUAUCACAAGAGAUCCAAAGAAUACAAGUUGUAAUGCCGAUGCUGAAAAGGGCGAUUCCAGAAUGGUUUGACUACAGUUCCACUCAAGAGAUUCCACUUUUAUGGGCUCGUCAUAAGUUUCCUGUUGUUGCUUUAGCAUUAGUGUUCCAGGAAGUAAAAAGAACAGACAAUGUUUCAAAAUUUGCUGAUGCUAUAAAUUUGAAGACUGGAGUCAAAGACUGGCACACUGUUAGACUCCAUUUGUUUAUUGACGGCCAAGAAAUUUGUGGCAAGAAUUGCAAUUAUUUCAAUGUUGGGCCAGAUCAUGUGCUAUUGUGUGAUCUACGAGUUUUGUUCAAUGAUGAAGAGUGGCAGGACCUUGAUGCAAGUUUUGGAAAUGAAUGGAAGUCCAUUCAGGUCCAAUAUAACUCAGACUUGAUUCUGACUAAUUGGGGAGUUUAUGUGUACAAGCAAGAAACAAGCAUGAAUGAUAUCCUAUUUGUACCUCCCAAUUGCAAUUCAUUUUCCUACGCGCCAUCAUGUUUGGUUCCAAAAGAAUAUCCGGAUCAGAAAAUGAAACAUAUUUUGGAAAGUUUCAAUCCAAGAGACAUGUAUAAUGACUAUUUGCCUAAAAUAGAAUCAGAAGAAGGUCCAAUCAGGUCUACAAAAUUGUUUUUGCAGUGUUUGAGGAAUGCCAAGGCUGAAAGUAUAGCAGAGGCUUCCUCCUUUUCCUAUGGGGCAAGUCGAAAGCAAGAACAGGAAGAAUGUGUACCGGAGGUGAUUAACGUAUUAGAGAUGUUAAAAGAGGAUGCACCAAGACAUAUUGUUGAUUCAUAUCCUGAGGAUCUUCAAACUUCAGGUGUACUUGCAGAAAGAUUUAUGAGGGCACGAGUGGAAUUAAUGAAAGAAAAUAGCUUGGACAUCGGAAUGCCUAUUAUUCUAAACUGUGAUGAUAUACGGGGAGCUAAACACCGACGAUUUUGGGGAAUCAUAGAGAUAAAAUUGGGAGAUCCAUUUUACAAACCAGUGUUGAGGAAACUAAACCAACUUUCAUGGAAACUUUGGGCAAGUAAUGAAGCCUCAAGGUCUAACCUGAUGGCCACCGUUGUUGAAUUGAAAUGCCAGCCUCCAGGUACAGAGGAAACUUCAAGCUCUAGCCUUGAAGAAUCCUUGGAGGAAGGAUACUAUGAUCCUGAAUUGGAAGAGUUAAUGAGGAGGAUAGAGCAAGAUGCUAUGAGUUUGAAUAAAUCUUAUGGGAAAAUGAAGGCAUCUAUUAUUCAAACUGAUAAGCCAAUUUCUAAAAGUUAUAUAUUGGAAGCAUUAAUCUUUAGAAGACUAGUGAAUUCGAGAAAAUUGACAAUGCUUCGAUAUCUGACCAAGUUUAAGAUCACACCUUAUGGGAAGAUGAGGGCAGAGGACGAUUCUUCUUGCGUUCGGAGGAUAUAUUUAUGGGGUUUGAGCUUUGUUCAAUUUGUCCAAAUCAUAUGGCCCUAUCUUUUCAUAAAGUAUGCAUGCCAUUAUUUUGUCAGUAUACCAAUAAUUAGGGGUUUGUUGUACAAAUUUGUUAUUGUUUUGGGGUCGGUGACUUUAUUAAUAUGGGGUUGGUGGUUUGCUGUACAAAUUUUUAUGUCUUGUAAGAAACUAUGCAGGAGGAAUAGAAAGAUUAUUAUGACCAUAAGGGAAAAGGACAUGUAAUGAAAUCGUUGCAGAAGGUUUUCAACCUUUUCCUCAGAGUUUAUGUUGGUCUAAGGUCGGUAGUUUUUCCACACGGGUUCGUAUCUGUCUACAGUAGUUGCAGUCGGAUUUGUCAUAACGGUGGAUGAUGGUGUGUAUUUGUUUUAUUGGAUUGUGAAGACAUUAUAGAUAUGUCAUAUGAGUCUUUGCUAAUGUUUCUGCAUGUAGCAUUGAGGAUGCUAAACAAACAAUUUCAAUGUUUGAUUGCUUUGUAAGUCUGACAUAUACUGAUAUAAAAGUCUUUGUGAUUGUGAACUACAUUUGUUUAUCAAAUAAAAGUCCUUGUUGUGAAGUUGGGUUGUUGG